UGCUGAACAAAAGGCUGACCAAAAACGGCCUCGCGCGCUUAUUUGGAGUUUCGCUUUUCCGUUGUCCGGUACGGUACGGUACGGUGUUCUCUGGCAGAGGUGGUUCCCAUCCUAAGCUGUGUUUUUGGUCAGAUUCGGAGGUCCGUCCCGCUUGGAGUCGCGUUCGCGUUCGUCCUCCGCGAACACUCAACGUGGUGGUAUAAAAUACUCGCACAGUGGCCAAUACACUAUCAUUAGCUUGCUGUCAUUUGUUUAAUCAACACGCACUGAAUUAAUUGGUCGGUGCCUUAGGCCUUUAGUUAGUUUAGUUUAGUAGUCGCAUCUAUCCGGGUGACGAGUUCAGGUGAAAUCGAAAACCUAACCUCGAAAAAAAUAAACGAUGAAAUCGGUCACGUGUUUAGUGCUCGGGUUGGCCCUGUUCGGUGCCGGAGUGUCCUGUGCCUCGAUCGCAUCCAACCUGGUUGAGGCCACUCCCAGGAUCGGUUCCAGCGAGGAGCUGCUCUCUUCGAUCGUGAACGAGUGCUUCGACGCCACCGAUUCGGUGAUGACCUGCCUCAAGGGCAAGGUGCUCGUCUACCUGGACGGAGUUCUUGGGCUGCGGGAGGAGCAGGCUCGUGCCUUCGAGAGCCGCAACGUGGACAAGGUCAUCUUCGAUCGGGUUGCCCGAGUCCUGGCCACGCACGAGUUCGCCAUGCGCCUGCCCGAGGACACCGUCGUGAGCUACCGCGCCGACAAGGGAAUCGACUUUAGCUCGCUGCCAGUGGGAUUGGCCACCGAAUCCCGUGGUCAUUUACUGAAGAAGAAACUCCUGCUUCCAGUGCUGCUGCUGCUGAAGCUCAAGAUGAAGGCCCUGAUGCCGAUCUUCGUCGCCUUGAUCGGUCUGAAGGCAAUGAAGGCGCUUAUCCUGUCCAAGCUGGCCAUCACUCUGGUCCUGGGCUUCCUGGUCGCCCAGCUGGUCAAGAAGUCCGGCCUCGGAAUGCCUAUGAUGUCGAUGAUGCCAAUGAUGCCGGCCGCUGAGUACGGAGCUCCGGUUCCGGCCACCACCGAACCCGCCUCCAGCUACGGCCCACCCUCGUCCUGGGAAGGCUCCUCGUCCGGUGGACCGUACUCCCGCGUUUGGGAACCGUCGACCGCUUCGUCCAGCCACAGCCUGGCCUACAGCUCGUACUACCCGAGCUCCAGCGGAUCCAGCAGCUCGUACGGCUCCACCGCCUACAACUCCGGAUCGUCGUCCAUCUCAGGAUCUUCCUCGCCUUCCUCUUCCUCCUCCUCGUCGUCGUCGUCCUCGUCCGCGAGCUCGGCUCACGCUUACUAAAUACCAAAAUCCCACCUUCAAAAAUAACCAAAAAUGAGUCACCAUUCCCUCAAUCAUCGAGCAAUCCGUAGAUUAAACAAAUGUACAGAAAAAAAAAACACCAGCAAACCAAAAAAAGAAGAAAACCUAGAUCAAAAAAACUCAUCGAAAAAGAAACGAUGUUGCCAUACGCCAGCGGUUAACCUGCUAAAUUGACCAUCGCCAAUUCAGAACUAGGGUUGAUCACGCCGGCAAUAUGUGUGUCAUAGACGAAUUGUUGAAUAACAAUCCCGAACUGCUCUGGAUUGUUCGUUAUUUAUUUUGCUUUCACUGUCUUAUUUAUUUGUCUGAACCAAACUGUAUUUAAUAAACGAAAUGAAUU